UUUGCAUAUAAUCAAGCAAGCUUUAUGAUGAUUCGAAUACUCCAAACGUUCGACACUUUCACGCUCCGCCAGAAAGAGGAUGCCCCUGAUGGUUCAUACCCACCUCCAUCUUGGAAAGGCGCCCCAGGCAGAAAGGGAAUCGAGGAAGUAUGGCCUGGAAUGGCGAUUACUUUAUUCGUCAAAGGAGGAUGCUGGGUCCACAUGAGUCCAGCGGAUAGCUAAAUUCGAGCACUUUCAAUUUGUUUGAUUUCAAGAUAGCAAGGUUGAUUUUUCGG